GGCGCCCUCUAUCGCCGAGCGCGUGUAUCGCGUCAGUUCAGCGCACGUGUGUCUUACUCAGCUGGUGUCUCGCGGUUUGCUUGCGCUCACCGCCCGAGACGGACGCAGAACGGAGCGGAUUUACCGGAAUACGGUCGGAACGGCGUCGCAGGAUGAGCGUUUCUCCGGAGGAGCGCUGAAGGAGCGACGCAGCCCGGUUCUGCUGUGAAUCAGGUGUGCUGGUAUCCACUGGGAUAUUGUAGUGAUGAUUAUCUGUCAAUCACAGCAGAGCCGGCCCCCUGCAGCAGUUCUUGACCAAUCAAAAGUGGACAAGAGGGCGGAGUCAGUUUGACUGACAGGCAAGACAUCCACUCAAAUUCUGAGCCCCGCCCCCUCUCUUCAGCUCAGCGAUGGUCACAUAGAAGCACAGACACAUUUCUGUUGCACUUAUUUUACAUCCCAGUCAUGUAAAUUGAACUUUAGCCAUCGGUUUUCCUUCCUUCAGGUGUUUGUUUGUAUUUGUUUGUGUGAUGCUCGGCGUGCUCCGCCUGCGCCGUCUCGUUCGCCAGGUGCCACUACAGACCAGCUUCAUCUUCCUCUUCCUCCUGUGCAUCCUCAGCGUCUUCCUCUCUUCCUACUUCCUGUUCGUCAUCAAACGAGAGCUGGAACCAUCGUUCGCAGCAGGACGCGCAGCCGAUGACCUCUACGUGACCUCGUCUCGGCCCCUCCCCUUCCUGUCUGGAGGGGGCGGGACGCUGUCGUCUGAUGGCUCUCUGACGCAUCCGGUCGUGCUGGUGUUCGUGGAGAGUCCGUAUUCACAGCUCGGACAGGAGAUAGUGGCCAUCCUGGAGUCGGCAAGGUUUCGCUACCAGAUGGAAAUCUCUCCCGGAAAAGGAGAUAUGCCCACAUUAAUGGAUGGACAGCGGGGCCGCUUUGUGCUUAUUGUGUACGAAAACAUCCUGAAGUAUGUGAACAUGGACACCUGGAACAGGGAUUUACUGGACAGAUACUGUAUCGAGUUUGGAGUGGGAAUGAUCGGCUUCUUUAAGGCCAAUGAGAACAGUCUGUUGAGUGCGCAGCUGAAAGGAUUCCCUCUGUUUCUGCACUCCAACCUGGGCCUGAAGGACUGUACCGUCAACCCCAAAUCCCCUCUGCUGCACAUCACACGAGCGCGACAGGUGUUUAGUGGUCCUCUCCCCGGGGACGACUGGACCAUCUUCCAGUCCAAUCACUCCACCUACGAGCCGGUUCUGCUGGCUAAAACCCGUUCGGCCGAGAGCACUGGACUCAUGCACACAUCCGUGGUUCAGGAUCUCGGGCUUCAUGAUGGGAUUCAGAGGGUUUUGUUCGGACACAACCUCUCCUUCUGGCUACACAAGCUGGUGUUUGUGGACGCGCUGUCCUUCCUCACCGCUAAGAGACUGUCUCUGUCCCUCAAGCGCUUCAUACUGGUGGACAUCGAUGAUAUAUUUGUGGGAAAGGAAGGGACCAGGAUGAAGGUGGCAGAUGUGAAGGCGUUGGUUGAAACUCAGAAUGAGCUGCGCAGAUCGAUUCCAGAUUUCACAUUUAACCUGGGCUUCUCAGGGAAGUUCUUCCACGCAGGUACUGAUGAGGAGGAUCGGGGUGAUGAUCUGCUGCUGUCGUAUGUUGAUGAGUUCUGGUGGUUUCCUCACAUGUGGAGUCACAUGCAGCCGCACCGCUUCCAUAACCAGAGUGUGUUAGCGGAGCAGAUGAUGCUGAACCGACGCUUCGCUGAGGAUCACUCCAUCCCGACUCACCUGGGUUACGCGGUGGCUCCUCAUCACUCCGGCGUUUAUCCCGUCCACAUCCAGCUGUACGAGGCCUGGAAGCGCGUGUGGAACAUCAGGGUGACCAGCACUGAAGAGUAUCCACACCUCAAACCCGCUCGAUUCAGACGUGGAUUCAUCCACCGCGGCAUCAGAGUUUUGCCCAGGCAGACGUGCGGUCUGUUCACACACACCAUCUUUCAUAAGGAGUACCCCGGCGGGCCGCAGGAGCUGGAGCGGAUCAUUGACGGAGGGGAGCUGUUCCUCACUGUCCUGCUCAAUCCAAUUAGCAUCUUCAUGACGCACCUGUCGAACUACGGGAACGACCGCCUGGGUUUGUUCACCUUCAAACGGCUGCUCAACUUCCUGUUCACCUGGACGCACCUGAAACUACAGACGCUUCCUCCGCUGCAGCUGGCCGACAAAUACUUCCAUAUGUUCCCGUCUGACACCGAGCCGCUCUGGCAGGACCCCUGUGAGGAUAAAAGACACAAGGACAUUUGGUCGAAAGAGAAAACCUGCGACCGUUUCCCAAAACUGCUGCUCAUUGGCCCUCAGAAGACAGGAGCGACGGCUCUCUAUCUGUUUCUGGGGAUGCAUCCUGAUCUGAGCAGUAAUUACCCCAGUAAAGAGACGUUUGAGGAGAUCCAGUUCUUCAGCAGUCACAGUUAUCACCGGGGCAUCGACUGGUAUAUGGAGUAUUUCCCCCUCCCGUCCAACAGCAGCUCUGAUUAUUAUUUUGAGAAAAGUGCCAGUUAUUUUGAUUCAGAUGUAGCUGCGGUCCGAGCCGCAGCGCUGCUGCCCAGAGCGAAAAUCAUCAUUCAGUUUCUGAGUGACCCUGUGAACAGAGCCUACGCCUUUCUUCAGCAUCAGAGAGCACACGCUGACCCUGUGGCUCUGAAAUACUCUUUCCAUGAUGUCAUUACGGCAUCCCACAAUGCACCUGUGAAGCUGCAGGUCCUGCAGAAGCGUUGUCUGGCUCCAGGAUGGUACGCCACACACCUCUCACGCUGGCUCAGACACUACCACCACGACCAGAUUCUGGUUGUGGAUGGUCAGACAUUGAAAACGGAUCCAGCGUCAGUCAUGGAGAAGAUCCAGACAUUUCUGGGUUUGGAGAACCGAGUCGAUUACCGCAAGAUACUAGCGUUUGACCCCAAGAAAGGCUUCUGGUGUCAGCUGCUGGACGGAGGAGAGACCAAGUGUUUAGGGAAGAGUAAAGGACAGAGAUACGCAGACAUGGACAUACAAUCUCAGGUGUUUUUGAGGAGCUACUACAGAGAUGCUAAUAUCCAGCUCUCUAAACUGCUGUAUAAAGCGGGACAGGUUCUGCCCGGCUGGCUGAGAGGAUCUGCUCAACAUCAGGUAACAGAGGCUCUGGUCUGGUCUGGAGUGCCCUGAGACUCUCAGAGUCGAGUCCACCGAUGGACGUACAGGAGACUGGAGCUGUUUCUUACCUAGAUGACUUUGAACUAAAAACCAGUUUAAAGAACUGUGCUUUAAAACUCACUGAUACUAACUUUUGUAUACUAUUUAUGAGCUGACACACAUCUGUCCUGUUAUUGACAGACUGUGCUGAACUAAUAUGAAGAUAAACAUAUUGCUGCAGAAGAAGAGACAAUGCAACCUAUACAUUUUUUUUUUUACUCCACAAAUUUGAUACAGACUCAAUAUGAUUUUAUAAAGUCAAAAAUCAUGCCAAUGAACUGUGACGUCUGAUAUGGACAUUUUGUAACUUUUUGUUGAUACGUUUUUAGUUAGUUCUCUGUUGUUGUUGUUUUUGUGUGCUCGGGAUGGUUUUACAUUUUCUAUCAUGGACUAGUCGAUUUACUUACUUUUUAAGCUGAGGACUUCCUUUCUUCUGGGAAACUUUGUUGAGCUCAAAAAAAUAAAAAAAUGACAAAAGUAGUGCACUAUAUCCCAUCUCUUCAGAAUCAGAAACCAUGUGAUGCUCUAUAUGACAAACAGACUGAAAUGUCAAUGUUUGGUUGCAUUUUAUUCAUGUUUAAUCUUUUGUGUUUCACGGAAGAAUGUCAUACAGGUUCGAACAAAAAAUGUGAGAAAAUCAUUAUUUUUGGGUGAAUUAUCCCAAAACAGCCUGUUAAUGUUAGUUUAUUUUCUCAUUAAACAGAUAACUGGUGAUUUAUUCAAGGUAAAUGUGUUAUUAAAGCAAUAGUUCACCCCAAAACUAAAAUUGUAUAAUGUUUGCUCUCAGUGUUGUUCAAAACCUGUAUAACUUAAGAGGAACACAAAUGUUUACAUUUUUUUCUUUCAAACGCUUCAUCAGGUUUAAUGUUAGUAGUUGUUAAACACACCACAGGCUCUCAUAAAUGCAUUAUGAUUUAUUUAUAUACACUGAACAAAAUUAUAAACGCAGCACUUUUGUUUUUGCCCCCAUUUUUCAUGAGCUAAACUCAAAGAUCUAAGACUUGUACACAAAAGGCCUGUU